AACGCGUUACGCAGGUGUUUACGUUUCCACUUCCGUAGCUUCAGGAUAGCGGCAUACCGUCACCAGGAUGAUUUAAAAUCCAAAUUUUACCUAGAAAUUCUCGAUUAUAAUCUAGAUUCUUCUCACUUGUGAGAUAAAGUGGGCUUUACAGAUGAAAAUGAUUCAAGUCGUUUAAUGUCCACAGAUAGCGCUGCGUCGCGAUCUUUUUUCAUUCUCAUUCAUCGCARGUAAAAAAGCUAAAACGCGAGCAGCGCGUUAAUAAAUCGUGGACACGUAAUUGAAUUAAAAAAAGGAAAACAUCAGCUGAUCCGCAUUUUGUCCUGGUUUAAUUUAGAGUUGAAACAAGCCAGCCAUGGCCACUAGGCGUCUGACCGAUGCCUUCUUGUUAAUGCGGAACAAUGCAAUCCAAAACCGGCAGAUUUUGGCUGAGCAAGAGCUUGAUGAGAUGGCAGAUGACCGAAUGGCUCUGGUGUCCGGGAUUAGUCUGGAUCCUGAAGCUGCCAUCGGUGUCACAAAGAAACUGCCUCCCAAAUGGAUAGAAGGGGUUGAUGAGAUCCAGUAUGAAAUCACACGGAUUCGGCAGAAAAUGAAGGAUCUGGCUUUGCUUCACGACAAGCACAUGAACCGUCCCACUCUGGAUGACAGCAGUGAAGAGGAGCACGCUAUAGAGAUCACUACUCAGGAGAUCACGCAGAUGUUUCAUCGGUGCCAGCGAGCGGUGACGGGUCUGCAGUCUCGUCGGGGCCACUGCACCGAGCAGGAGGAGAGGCUGCUGACAAACGUGGUGUCGUCUCUGGCUCAGAGCCUGCAGGACCUCUCCAUCAACUUCAGACACACGCAGUCCAGCUACCUGAAACGAAUGAAGAAUCGUGAGGAGAGGUCGAAGCACUUUUUUGACUCUGGACCUUUAAUGGAAGAAGAUGAAGAACUAGCUCUAUAUGACAAGGGCUUCACAGACGACCAGCUGGUGCUGGUGGAGCAGAACACGGUUCUGGUUGAGGAGCGGGAGAGGGAGAUCCGACAGAUCGUGCAGUCCAUCUCAGACCUGAACGAGAUUUUCCGAGACUUGGCUGGAAUGGUGGUGGAGCAGGGCACUGUUCUGGACAGAAUUGACUUCAAUGUGGAGCAGGCUUGUGUUAAAACAGAAGAUGGGUUGAAACAGUUACAAAAGGCGGAACAAUAUCAGAAGAAAAACAGGAAGAUGCUGGUCAUUUUGAUCCUUUUCGUUAUAAUUAUUGUUCUAAUUAUUAUUCUUUUUGGAACAAAGUUUAAAUAAUCUUUUCCUUCGACUUGUGUUGUCUGUCUGGGUGUUUUUUUUUUUUUUUUUGUCAUGUUUUUGCGUGGACUUGGGACUCGGUUUUGCUCCAAACAAACAUUUUUACCUUUCAUACCGACCGAGAAACAUCAAGAAGUAUUCUACGUGUUUGCAGGUUGCACUUUGAGCCAUGUGGGGAUGUUUUAAUGGAAGAAACAAACAACAGAUUUCUGGCUACGCUGUGGCUUUUUUUGUUAARGCAAGAGACCAUUGAGGUUGUGACAGAAUCCACCAAGACUCGUCCACGUUGACAUAUCUGUGUCUUAAAAAUAAAAGAAGUCCUUUGUUGUUCGACUGUCACUGUUAAAA